AACACAACCACAAUAGUAUCACAAUCCCUAUGUACGGUAGGUAGAUAUUUUUGCCCAUUGUAUUUGCACCUUCAGAAUUUUUCGUCCGUUUCUAUCUAAAUGUAGGUAUUUAAAAGUAUGACUUAUUACCUAUGGGUAUGUCACUAGGUACCGUGUACGGCUAUCCCAAUGAGCGUUCGUGUGAGCUCAAUGUCAAAUAUUACCGUCAUACGGUGAUGUGAUACUGUGAUAGCGUAUUAAACCAGAGAAGGGGUUCGAACACGAUAUUGGUAUGGACGAGACUCGAACGUCGCCGCAGUGUUGUUUUAGCGGUCGACCUCAUUGGCGGCACUUUAGUUCACAUGUAAUAUAAUAACAUGCACGCGUCCGUCUAACGAUAGUGUUGUUUGAAAAAGCCAGUUAAAAUUUUUUUCUCACUCGGAGAAAGUCUACUUAUAAUAAUACUACUAUUAUACCGGUGAGAGCUCGACUUGGACAAACCCAAUUGCAAACAUUUCGGAUGGCAGAGAUGUGACAUAACGUUAACCAUUUGAUUUACGUCCACAUAUUAUGAUCUCAACAUGCUUUCGCUCUUAUCCGUCAGACUUACGUGUAAGUAAUAAUUGUAAUAGUAAAAAUACUAAUAAUAGUCAAUACUUAAUCGAUUCGUCGUCGGGCCAACGACUCCAGAAUAAUAUUAUCAUCGACAUCGACGGGGGAAUGGACCAGCGGUUUUGUUGCAAAUCUAUAUUGAAAAGAAAAUCGUUCGACCACGGUCCAUCGGCGGCAGAGGUGGCGACGGACGCCGACGAUGUGGUCGGCUCCAAGUCGGAAAAUCACGGUCACCAACCCGCCGGCAAACAGUGUUCGCUGAUGCCUUUCAGCUUCAAGUCGUGCCGGCAAGGCAUAUUGAAAAAGCAUUCGGCCAGUUUCGACGACGACUCAUCCCAGAAGCCCAUAUUGAAAAACCGUUGUCAAUCGUGCCACGACGACGCCACCUCUUCGCUCAACUGCAACGAACUGCACUCCAUACUGAAGAGGAAAACAAGCGAACAGAACGACUACGGGUCGGCCGAACCACAUAGUAUACUAAAGAAACGCGAACCGGCAGCCGGUGCCGGGGUGGUGGAACAGCCUCCGUCGGCUGCGGACGACGACAUCCGGCCGAUUUUAAAACAAAAAAAACCGUCGGAACAGGCUGAUCCUGGGGCCGCCACGGAAGCGGACGACAUAAACGGAUACCCUAAGCCUAUUUUAAAAAAAAAGUCUAUAGACGCCACGUCUUUGCCUCCGUCAGAAUUGUUGGACGCCAAGAACCUGCCGGCCAUUUUGAAACCGUCGGCCAACGGUAGCGGCAGCAGAAUGACCAUCAAACGAUUAUCAGUAGCUGAACGCAUUUCCAAUCUUGAGUCGAUCACCCGAGGGGACUGGGCGGGUGGUAGUGCGGUGUACAAGAAACCAGUCAAGGAAAACGCGCGCACAAACCGGGACCGUUCCAGGUUUCACACGCAACCCGUCACUCCCGAUGAACUCAGAGCCGUCGUUAAAAAGACGAACCCUGUGCGUGUAGAGGAGAAUGGAAACUUUAGCGGCAGUCCGUCGUUGGACAAGACGCCGCCGUCGGCCAACCGUCUUUCGUCGCUCGAACGGCGCGAGAUAGCCCCUAAGAUAGAUGAUGGUGGCAGCGGCACUUUGUCGACGUGUAUGGCCAAUGAAUCCGGCGUGCGGACGACCUUGAGGCGCACCAAAAGCGUUUCGGCGAAAACGCGCGAAUUCCAGUGCUUGUUCGAUAAGAAGUCGACGGCGGCGGUGGCGACCAACAACAACAACGUAAACAACAACAUUAUUAUAGCGUCAUCGCCGCCGCCGGCUGCUACCGUCGCUGCCGUACAGGUUGAAGGCGGUCGUAUUAACGUUACAGCUCGAGUGAGAUCGUCGAAAUUCAAACAGUGCCAAGAAAAGAAACCGAACGCGAAUGGUGCGGUUUGUGCCAAUCGCUAUUCCACUCAGCCAGUAACCGACCACGAACUACAAGAGGCGAAAAAUCUCAACGCCGCAAAAAACGGCGACAAAAAUGAAGACAACAACGGAAGAUUGCCAAAGAAGAAAUUAGGAAGCCUUGUAAUGGAACGGCUUCGUAUAUUCAACGGUAACGGUAAUACGUGUACGUUCGACGCCGAUGUAGCAAUAAACGGUAUUAGCACAGCGAGAUCACCGAACAAAAUGGCCGAGACUUCGAGUAAAACCGAAACAAUAGAUACCACCGAACGACUGAAGAACGAUUCGAAAACGAUUCCUGAAAUAAAAAUCCAAACAGCAAAACCGUCCAAAGAGCCUGUUGCCGAUAACGAGCGCAACAAGAGCCGCAUUUCCCGGAAUGUCGCCAUCAACCGAUCGUUCAACACCAAUUCCAAGUUGGAAUUAAUGAGGCAACACAAAUUUGGGACCAAAAGCAAAGAAAACGAUGACUGUCCAAACUUAAAAAAACGCGUUGAGCCGUCCAACGAUGCCCCCGACGGUACUGCGGUCAUUAAAGGAGCUGGUGGAUCAAUCAAAGAUCGAUUGGCGGCUCUGAAGAAAAGCGGCCAAGCGGACUGGCAAAAAAGAAUAUCGAAAAUAAAACCGGAAACUCACGAGUUGUUGAACAACUCGAUCAACGCUACUCAAGAUAUAUUGCGGAAACAGUUGACCAAGCAAGUGAAAUCUACUGAAGAACCGGCAGAAUGUAUAGAUAACAUAUUGGUCGACAGGCUAAACCAACUCGAAACAUCUUCUAAAGAUUGGAAAAAACGAGUUGAACAAAAGGACACCGCUAAUUUUACGGUGGCCGGAAAAAUGCAACAAAAAUCUUUGCCACCCCUUGCCCCGGUUCUGGUAGCCGCCAAUGAACGUUCCUCGUCUGACAGAUUGUCGUCAAACGUUGCCAAAAAGAAACUCGUAGAAGAAUCCACCAAACUGUCAAACGUCCGACGGAGUCUCUCAAUGUCUGACAACAAAACCAAAUCCUACUUGAACAAUAAAUCUGAGAAAAUACCAUUGUUGAACGGUUCAUCGUCUUACGAAAGUCACAAAGAGAAAACUGUCACCGUACCGGUAAUGAUAGAUGAUGAGUUUGACAAAUUCUUUGGUAGUCCAAAACCAAUUACGACCGAUGCUCCAAUGGGAGAUGUGGAUUUUGAUCAUUUGAAGUCAUCACGAUCCACCAUGCUUGUCCAACACAAGAAAGUUAGAGUUCAACACAGAAAACACGAAGGGUCGAAAAACCCACUAAAAGCGUUAGCGACAAACCAAGAUUUAGCACAACAGCAAUACACUGAAAACAAAACUAAUGUGGUUUUGCAACGUCAUUUGGAACACUCAACUAUUAAGGCGCCUUUGGCUCGAGAAGCUCUCGCAGCCUUAGCCAGUAAAGAGGACUUUGCUUCAGUAAACUUACGUAAAUCUGCGGAUUCGUCACCAUCAUUGUUACCGCCAUACAAAGAUUUAAUGUUAUUACACAUUAAAGGCCGGAGGCGAGUACAAACUCGUCUCGUACCACCGAUAGCCGACUCUGUUAAUCAAGGCGAUUCCUAUGUACUGGUCACAUCUUCUCAGAUUUAUGUGUGGAUUGGAGAAUUUUCUAAUGUGAUUGAGCGAUCGCAUACUGCUAAAAUUGCUCAAAGUAUUUUGGAUAAAAAAGAUUUAGGUUGUAAAGGAGCCACCCAGGUUAUUAUGAUUAAUUGUGAUUCAUCGUUACCCAACAGUCAACAAGAGAAAAAAUUUUGGACUCUUUUGGGUGUAACGUCUAAUGAAGCGUCUUCUAUGAAAGGCCAAAGAGCGGGGCACCCAGAUGAGGAUGAAUUAUACGAGGCUGCCAUUGUUUCGACAAAUGUCAUAUAUGAAGUUGUGGGCGAAGAGCUUGUUUUAUUGCCAGAAAUAUCAGAAACUAUGCCUAAAAUUGAAAUUUUAGACCCUUCUAAAACAUUGGUAUUUGAUUUUGGUAGUGAACUUUAUGUUUGGUAUGGCAAAAACGUGAAUGUCACCAAACGCAGACCAGCCAUCCGUUUGGCCCGCCAGUUGUUUGAUGACAGUUACGAUUAUUCCCAAUAUGAUAUUAGUCCAAUCGAUGUAGCCACAUGUUUGGGUGAUAGGAAUAAAGAUAGUGUAUAUGUAAAAGCUGGAAAAAAGCGACCCGAGUGGACAUUGUUUGCCAAGUUAACACAACAUAUGGAAACAAUAUUAUUCCGUGAGAAAUUUGUGGACUGGCCAGACUAUAGCCGUGUUAUAAAACUAUCUAAAAAGAAAGACGACAAGGAAAAUUCAAAACAAGAUGACAAAUGUAUUGAUUGGUCAACUGAAAUCAAUGCUUAUAACGCAGCUGACAUGAUAGCAAUGUCAAUACAAGAACCAGAUUUAAUUUUAAGUGGUAGCCACCUUGGUCGAGGGUCUUCUUACUACGAUAAAGAUACGCUAAGGGAAUUUGUUGUAAACACUGUUAGCGUAACAGUUUGGCAUGUUCAAGAAUUUGACAGCACCGAGCUGGAGAAAAAGUCUAUAGGACAAUUUCAUAGUGGCGAUUCUUACAUUAUACGAUGGAUAUACAAUGUAUCAAUUCAAGGAAGAGAAUUAAGUGGCUUACCCUCGCGGCGAAUGGUUUCGUCUGGCAGAAAUCGUUGUGCGUAUUGGUAUUGGCAUGGACGUAAUGCUACACAAAAUGAUCAAGGAGCAGCCGCUCUAUUGACCAUACAACUAGAUACCGAACAAGGGCCACAAGUAAGAAUUGAUCAAGGACAUGAACCACCAGCGUUUUGGAAUUUGUUCAAAGGGAUGGCAAUUGUAUAUCGAGGGAAACGUAAUCAGACUCCAAGCAUUUGGCGAUUAUUUAUGGUUCAUGGUGCUAACGAUGAUGAGGUGCAUUUAACUGAAGUGCAAUGUUCAACAACACAACUACGCAGUCAAACGUCUUUCAUUUUACUUAAUUCUAAAAAUGGACUUGUUUACAUUUGGCAUGGAAAAGGAUCAUCGGAAGAAAUACAAUCGCUUUCUAAAAAAACUGUCAAACGUUUAUUUGAGGUUGACCGAACAGAAUUAGGAUUAGGGGAAAUCGUAGAAAUCCAGGAUGCUAAAUCUAUUUAUGAAUCAAAGGAACCAAUAGAAUUUUUCCAAGCUCUAGGUUCCAAAACCGCCCGUCAUUACAAAUCUCAGGCUUCGAGGUUGGGUGAAAUGAAAUUGUUUCAGUUUUCAUCUGUUCUUGGUCAAUUCAAAGCGACUUUAGUCAAUAGUGCUUAUGUUCCAUCACCCUAUCCAUACCUUCAAGACCAUCUAUACAAUGCUAGUCAACCAGCACUAUUCAUGCUGGACACUGGAGAAGAAUUGUGGGUGUGGCAAGGAUGGUGGCCAGAAAUUGUAGUAGAAGAUGCUUCUGAUGUGGAGUUAAACAACCACCGCGGCUCAUCGUUUACCCGUUUACAAGCUGAAAGACGAGCUGCUAUGCAGACGGCUCUUGACUACUGGCACCAGAAAUAUAAUGCUGAUGACACACCUAAAGUUUAUUUGGUAUGGGCUGGGCUCGAGCCACUUCAGUUCACCAAUUGUUUCCCAGAAUGGAAUAAUAGAGAUGAUAUUGCCGAGAUCAAUAUGAAGGAUCACAAACCUGGUGAGACAGUAACUGUUGAAGAAGAACUUGCACGGCUCACUCAAGAAACUUAUCCUGCGGCACAAUUGCUACAAAGACCUCUGCCAGAUGGUGUUGAUCCAACUAGGCUAGAAUUGUACUUAUCGCCAGCCUCCUUUAAAGGUUUAUUAGACAUGAACAAAAGCGAAUUCCUCCAACUUCCAAAAUGGAAGCGUACUAAAAUCAAACAAUCAGUUGGCCUGUUCUAGAAACAACAAUCCGAAUUACGCAAACAUUUAAUUUGAUACUAUUGUUUUGAUAAUAUUGGAGGUUUCUGUGAAUUAUAGAUUUAUAUAUAUUUAUUAAAAAAAUGUAUUGUGUGCAAUCUUGUAUUUUUCUACUGUGAAUUUUUUAAUUUAUACAUUUAUAGAUACAAUAUAUUUUUUUUUUAUACUCUUCGAGAUGUAACAAGUUACUAAAACAAGAUAAACAUUAUUUAUACAUAUUUUUCUUAAUGUUUAGUUUUUCUGACAUAUUUUUUAAUAACUUGUAACACUUUUUGUAUAACAUAUUUUCAAAUAUGAGUUUUGUGCGUUUUUUACUAUAUCCUAUGUUUUUAAUUUAUUAUUUAAUUAGUUUUGUUUUUAGGCUGUGAUUUUUUUUUGUAAUAACAAACAUAUUUUUCGAGUAAAAAUCUCAAUAUUUUGGUAAUUUGCUGUGUUUAAUUUUAACCUAAGACAUAAGGUAUUUUUAUUUUAUUUAACUUACAAUUUUUUUACUCUUAGUAAUUUAUUUAUGUAAAUUCACUCUGUAAUAAUUACAUUUUUACGUUCUAACUUUUUCAA